UCAGUGUAUGGGUCAGUCUUCAUUCCUCCUCCACCACCACCUCCUUUUCCUCCUGAAUCACAAGUGUCUUUACUGAUGAUUGACAUAACUGAGGAUAUAACAGGAAUAAAAGGUGAAAAGGGAAGUCGAGGACCCAGGGGUGAACAGGGCGAGACAGGGGAAAUGGGACCUAAGGGUUAUCUCGGUUUCCCCGGUAAUAUCGGUCAACCUGGAGAGAAGGGAGAAAAGGGCGAAAGAGGCUGGAUUGGUAUGUCUGGAGAGGAUGGUGAAUCAGGAACAGAACAGGGAAGAAGAGGCCGAACAGGUUCCAAGGGAGAAAAUGGAUGGAAAGGGAAACCAGGAAUGCCUGGUCAAAAGGGCGUGGCUGGAAGACAAGGUGCCAAAGGCCACAAGGGUGAUAUGGGAUUGAAAGGAUACACUGGAUUACAAGGCCUACAUGGGCCAAGGGGAGUUGCCGGAAAAAGAGGCCGAACAGGCAUCAAAGGUGACGAAGGGCCACCUGGCAUGGCAGGAUAUGCUGGUAUAAUGGGCAAACCAGGGAUGACGGGACGGCCAGGGGAACCAGGAAGAGUACUAAUGAUAGCCGGGCCCAAAGGAGAAAAGGGAGUCGAUGGAGUGACAGCACAGUGCAACUGUUCCUGGGCUAAUGCAUCUGAGCAGCCUCAUAAACAACUACCACAGUCUACCGGGGUUGUAUCUCACAUUCUUAUUGCAAACAAUGAGAAGGAAAUGUUAGAUUUACAAUCAGAAAAUACAAUGGUCUUAAGGAAGGAUAUUCGGGCAUUAUUCAUCUUCACAAAUUCAAAAUGGAAACGUGUUCAAGUACCUCAAAAAUUGCACAAGACGUGAAUAAUGAAAACUCCAUUCAUCCAUUACAAGGCACUUGUGAGAAGAGAAAAACUGACUUGUGUUCUGUUCUAUAGCAGGGAAAUGCUCAGACAUGAAGGAUAAACACUUGGCUCUCCAAAUGAUCACCAUAAUUCACAAUCAAAUAAUCACUAUGGCUUCCACAAUAUCACAUCUGUUUCACAGAUCAAGUGCUUGGUUGAAUAAAAUGUUCCAACAUU